AUUAGAAAAGGGGGAGGAUUGGUAGACCCGGUUUCUUCCGAUCCGAGACUAGAAACCUGAAAGUCCCAAACUUCUGUUCUUGCUCUUUCUUUGGGAAACACCAUAAUGAAGCCGCUUCUCUGCAGCCUCCUGCAGCUCUGGCCUCGAGGAUCUGUUUCGCUUCUGCCACGAACCAUGCCAGAGAGAUAUGGGGGGAAACACCUAAGUGUAACCUCGAAUCAUGCAUACCAUACAGAAGGAGAAAACACCAAGCCAACUGAGCGGUAUCCAAUGCCCAAUAAAAAAGACCUACCACAUGAUAUAAUUGAACACCUGGAAGAAGCAAAAGCAACGAAUGGAUUUUUGCCCAAUGUGUUUAAAGUGAUGGCUAAUCGACCGGAAGAAUUCAGGGUAUUCUUUGCCUAUCAUGAUGUCAUCAUGCACAAGAAAACAGGAAAGCUAAGUAUGGCUGACAAAGAGCUCAUUGCUGUGACUGUGAGUACUGUAAACCGCACUCUCUACUGUGUAACUGUACAUAGUGCCUCACAUCGGAGGUACUCCAAGAAACCAACUUUAGCAGAUCAGGUGGCUGUGAAUUGGAAACUGGCUGAUCUAAGUGAUCGGGAAGUGGCCAUGCUUGAGUUUGCCCUUGCUGUCUGCAGAGCAGAUAAUAUAACAGAAGAGCACUUUCAAAAACUGGAGGCACAUGGAUUUGACCGAGAAGAUGCCUGGGACAUAGGCUCCAUUUCAGCCUUUUUUGCCAUGGCAAAUCGCAUAGCUCUCUUCACAGAUAUGCGUCCCAACCCGGAAUACUAUAACAUGAAUAGAGAAGAGGGCAAGGUCCAAUCUUCCAAAUAAAGUUUGCUGGUAUGUACAAGACUAUUCGCUCCUCGGUGCUAUGGCUAAGUCUGACUAAUGGGCAACACUACUUUCUAUUACAAGCAAUACUGUACUUUCAAACAGUUUUUUUAUUUGGCUGAUGUAGCACGUCUUGCUUACUUUCAUGCACUUAAAUAUUUUCUACUCAUGAGAGAAUCGAAUUCUAAAAAAUAGGGCUGAUUUUAUUUUUAUCUUAUAAUAUUGAAACCUAACUUAAACAAUCCUUUCGUAUCUCUGAGCUUUUCUGAGCAGUGGUAUUUUGAUCAGAAACAUUGAUUUUGGGUUCAGACUGCAAUUUGGGGAGUAACAUCAUCUUAACUGCUGUUAUAUAGUUACACUGAUCAGAAUACAUAAUUCUGUCUGUAACUGAUUUGAGAUGAUUAGUCAAUAAUUUUGACUAUAGUCUGUGUUUAAUAAUGGAGACAUUUAGUACAAAAAGGUACUAUGCGAUUUUACCAGGCUUUAAAAUGUGUAAUUUUAGAUUUUUGUCAUGAAUCAGGAAUAUUCUUACCUUGAUGUUAUAAAUUACAUACCAUAAAACUUCUGUAAUUCAAAUAUAUUUGAAUGUUUAUGGUAAUCCUUGAUAAAACUCUAAGCCAGGAGAGUUCCCAUUAAUCACUUAACGACAGCCUUGGUUACCAAUGGAAUUUUUGGAUUCGACUGUGAUUGUAAGUCAAGGGCUAUCUAUGGGUAUAUAAUUUUUCAAAGAUCUUGAAUAAUAAGUGCUAUUAUUGGUAUUUUAAGUAAUUGAAUAUAUUGAUUUCAUACAUCACUUAUCUUUCUAAAUUUAUUUCCU